AUGCUCGCUCGUCGUGAACGCUUCCUCCUCCCGAAUGCCAAAGUAAAUACCGUCCACUUCCACGACCUGACAUGCGACAUUCGGCCUGUGCUCCGUGGAAGCAUCCCAUACGGCGGGGGAGACGUGUUCAUCAACCUCCGUCAUUCGCGGAACCGUCCACCAACCCCACUAGGAACGUUCGAUGGAGGCCCCGGACCAUCGGGAUACGUGGUCUACCUCUUCCUCACCCUCGCUAGUGGUGGACACGACCACAUUCCAAGGCUGAAUAGGGCUGGUGCGCCGGCCGUCGAGGCAUGGCGCGCGCUCUUGCCUUAUCUCGCCGGUCAGGUCGUCCAGUUCAUUGUGAGUGCGUCGUCUGAGAACACGUACAUCUUCGUUGGAGACAGAGACGACACUCCCUCCCCCCUGGCAAGUUUGGGCCGGCGCAGCGUCAUGACGCCUCGCGACCGUCGUCGGCUCGUUAGACUGCUCGACAAGGAACUCCGAGCGCUCCUCGCGGAAGGAUACUUUUCUCCGCAAGCGGCCAGGAACCGCGUCGAGCGCCAAGUAGGCUUUGCCACGUUCGAGGAUAUUGAGGAGAUGGUUGGGCCGGACCUCUUCCCAUUGAUUAUGGCCCCGUAG